AUGGCUACCCUACUGCGGAAAAUCGGUCUGAUCCGACUGCACGACAGAGACACGGAGGACCCGAAGCAUCACCAAGGCUCGCUAAAGGGCACCAAGGGCAAUCAGAAGAACAACGCGAAUAAACACUGUCAGACUGCAAACGAGACGAACAUCCUGAGUACCCCAGAGAUUAAAGCGAGGAAGCUGGACCAGCUCGGAAAAGACAAGGCGCCCGGAAAGGAUAAGCAGGGCAAGGAUGCGAAGGAGAAACAGCAGACAGGCGGAGGCGGGAGUAAAGCCACCAGUGCCUCGUCCAUACCACCACUAGCCCCACACCGACAGCACUGCUCCCAGGUGCGAACACGCAGGCUCAUGAAGGAACUACAGGAGAUCCGGAGGUUAGGGGACAACUUCAUUUCUGUGGAGUUGGUAGAGGACAACCUGUUCGACUGGAACGUCAAAUUGCACCAAGUGGACAAGGACUCGGCCUUGUGGCAGGACAUGAAGGAGACCAGCACUGAGUAUAUCCUGCUUAACGUCACCUUCCCUGAUAACUUUCCCUUCUCUCCGCCGUUCAUGCGCGUUCUGACGCCCCGGUUGGAAAACGGCUACGUCCUGGACGGUGGGGCCAUCUGCAUGGAGCUAUUGACCCCACGGGGAUGGUCCAGUGCCUACACUGUGGAAGCGGUGAUGAGGCAGUUUGCAGCAAGCCUGGUGAAAGGACAGGGCCGUAUAUGCAGGAAAGCCGGAAAGUCCAAGAAAGCAUUUAGUCGCAAAGAAGCAGAAGCCACCUUUAAAUCGCUGGUGAAGACCCACGAGAAGUACGGCUGGGUGUCCCCGCCUGUGUCCGACGGCUGA